CAUGGCCCUGGAGGAGCAGCUCUGAGGAGCGCGGGUUCGAGCCGCUGCCGCAGGGUCUGGGCUGGAGACAGCAGCGUGGACAGGCCUCGCUCAGGGGCUGCAGGGAGCAAGAACGACCCAGAGCAGGGCUGUGAGAUGCCUGGCACUCCACAGCAGCCCUCUAGCCUAAUGGAGGGGACCCCCACGUCGGAGUCUACCCCGUGGCCCCCGCUGCCCUGCGGGCCCUGUAUCCCCAUCAUGCUGGCCCUGGCGAGCCUGGCCGCCUUCUUCCUCCUGACGACAGCCGUGCUGGCCGAACGCCUGUUCCGCCGUUCUCUGCGUGCAGCCCCCCGGGAACUGGCGCCCACCCUGGUCUGGCGCCCCGGAGGAGAGCUGUGGAUCGAGCCCACGGGCACCGCCCGGCAGCGCUCUGAGGACUGGUAUGGCUCCGUGGUGCCCCUGCUGACCGAAAGGGCCCUGGACCCCCCCAGCCCCGGGGGCACCUUAGAGCUCCGAGCCACAGCACCCCCUGACCCCUCAGUCCCACACAUCCUUCCCAGGCCCUCGCCACCCCCGGUCCCACCUAAGCCCAAUGGUAGCACCUUCUGGGGGCCCCCGGCCUGGAAAGCCAGGCCCCACGGCCCCGGCCUGGUGAGCUGGACAGAGCCUGCGCCGCAGCCAGACACCAGUAUCCACGUUGGGAGCCCCCCGGCCCAGAGGCUGCGGCCGGGCAGCCCCGAGCCCGAGUGGGGCCUCCAGCCACGGGUCACCCAGGAGCAGAUCUCGGCUUUCUGGAGGCGUGAAGGCCGCACCAGCGUCGGGUUCUGAACCCCCGGGAUCCAGCGGCCUGACUCCCCCACCCCCACCUCAGGCUCCAGGCAGGCCCCUGGCCGCCACCUAAAGGCCCAGGUAGGUGCCCAAACCUUUGACAUGUCAGGCCCUGGCGCUGGUUGUAGCCGGCUGGGUGCGGACUGGCCCUGUGGCAGCAGGAAGAUCCUAAAGAUGCAUCUGCUUGGCGGCUCUGUGGGCAGAGAACUGGACCAUGGGCCGGCCCGGGGCCAGGAGACACCAGGAUUAUGUUCCAGAUCAAGAAUUCAAAGUGCCAGGCAAACUGGAAAUAGCAUCCAAGCCAGCCUUCCCCAUUCGUCCGCUCUCUCCUGCCUCUCAGUGAAGGGGCACUGUGGGCACUGAAGACCAGAUUCCAGGGACCACCCGAGCCAGCUGAGCCCACCGGAGGAGACAGGCAUCCAGCCCCCAAAGCCCCAGAUCACCCCUCCUGGAAAAUGCAGGAAGAAAGGGCAAGACCAGGCCGAGGACCAUCUUAUUACCCUCACACUGCGGCUUUGACCCCCACUCACAACAGAGAACUCAGUGGGCCACACUGGGGGGGGGCUCCCCUGCCUGGAGCCGGGACCUCCUGACCAGAAGACCCCGAGCUGCUCUUCAGGGCCACACGGCAGUCCUGGGCAUCUUUUCUCCAUGGCAUGGGAGGCCGGGUCCGGGAGAGUCUGAGCUUGUGUGGGCAGUGCUGUCCGGCCACCACAGCUGCCCAGUCAGCCUGGUCACCUUCCAGCCCAGGACAAUCUUACUUAUAAUGCAAUGGCCUUGGCCGCAGCCUCCGGGUCAGCUGACCUCCUCCCAGUGG